CUCCCACACCAGGCGGCGCCUGAGAAUAGUAUUCCUCAGGGAAGGCGGAGCCCAACGCCCAUCCUUUCCCAGGAGCGUGUCUCCGCAGCCUCCCGCGCCAGAUAUAAGUGGAAAAGGCUAACUUUGGCGGGCUGACUUGGCUGGCAGCCAUACCUGCCCUGCCUCACCAUGGACCAGGACUACGAGCGGCGCCUCCUUCGGCAGAUUGUCAUCCAGAACGAGAAUACGAUGCCGUGUGUCUCAGAGAUGCGGCGGACCCUGACUCCUACCAACUCCCCCGUGUCCUCCCCCAGCAAGCAUGGGGACCGCUUCAUCCCCUCAAGAGCCGGUGCCAACUGGAGUGUCAAUUUCCACAGGAUCAAUGAAAAUGAGAAGUCUCCCAGCCAGAACCGGAAAGCCAAGGAUGCCACCUCGGACAAUGGCAAAGAUGGCCUGGCCUACUCAGCCCUGCUGAAGAAUGAACUGCUAGGGGCCGGCAUCGAGAAGGUGCAGGACCCGCAGACAGAGGACCGCAGGCUGCAGCCUUCCACGCCUGAGAAGAAGGGCCUGUUCACGUAUUCCCUCAGUACCAAGCGCUCAAGCCCUGAUGACGGCAAUGACGUGUCUCCCUACUCCUUGUCACCAGUCAGCAACAAAAGUCAGAAGUUAUUGCGGUCACCACGGAAACCUACCCGCAAGAUCUCUAAGAUCCCCUUCAAGGUUCUGGACGCACCCGAGUUGCAGGACGACUUCUACCUGAACCUGGUGGACUGGUCAUCUCUCAAUGUGCUCAGUGUGGGGCUGGGCACCUGUGUAUACCUGUGGAGUGCCUGCACCAGCCAGGUGACCCGGCUCUGUGACCUCUCUGUGGAAGGGGACUCGGUGACCUCCGUGGGCUGGUCUGAGCGGGGGAACCUGGUGGCUGUCGGCACGCACAAAGGCUUUGUGCAGAUCUGGGAUGCAGCUGCGGGAAAGAAGCUCUCCAUGCUGGAAGGCCACACAGCACGUGUUGGGGCGCUGGCCUGGAAUGCCGACCAGCUCUCGUCUGGGAGCCGGGAUCGCAUGAUCCUGCAAAGGGACAUACGUACCCCGCCCUUGCAGUCAGAGCGGCGGCUGCAGGGCCACCGACAGGAGGUGUGCGGGCUCAAGUGGUCCACCGACCACCAGCUUCUCGCCUCAGGAGGCAACGACAACAAGCUGCUGGUCUGGAACCACUCGAGCCUGAGUCCUGUGCAGCAGUAUACAGAGCACCUGGCGGCCGUGAAGGCCAUAGCCUGGUCCCCACACCAGCAUGGGCUGCUGGCAUCCGGCGGUGGCACAGCCGACCGCUGCAUCCGCUUCUGGAACACACUCACAGGGCAGCCGCUGCAGUGCAUCGACACAGGCUCCCAGGUGUGCAACCUGGCUUGGUCCAAGCACGCCAACGAGCUGGUUAGCACGCAUGGCUACUCACAAAACCAGAUCCUGGUCUGGAAGUACCCAUCCCUGACCCAGGUGGCCAAGUUGACUGGGCACUCCUACCGAGUUCUGUACCUGGCCAUGUCCCCUGAUGGAGAGGCCAUUGUCACUGGUGCUGGAGACGAAACCCUGAGGUUCUGGAAUGUCUUCAGCAAAACCCGUUCAACAAAGGUAAAGUGGGAAUCUGUGUCUGUCCUCAACCUCUUCACCAGGAUUCGGUAAACCACGGGCCCAGCCAUCAGGGCAGAGGAGCACCACCUGUCAUCACGUGCAUGACCCUCCCUCCCUGCACAUGUCCCCAGAGGAAGCAGCCGGGGUGGGCGGGGAACCGGGCCCAGAGAGACCCUGAAGAUUCUCAUUAAAGCCUGAUUGCGAACCCUUUCAGCGGUGUUUGGGGUGGGGAUGUUGUUGGGCACCAGCAGGUACCAGGCGCUCUGGCUCCCUUCACACUGGGUGGCCCUGUAGCCCCAGCUCUGACCGUCUACGCUUGGAUGGGAAUGGACGCCUCCUUGGACCCCCACCUGCUUCCCUUUGUGUCCAUCAUCACUUUGUUGGGCUGCAUGCUCUUCCGGAAGCAUGGGUUCACCACUACGGCCACCACCCAGGCCUGCGACAGGACAAACAGCUGGAUGCUAAGCCGGUCAGCCAGGGGAGGGCCCAGCAGUAGGAUGGUUCAGGUCAGCCCAUGGAUCCACAGGACACUCCUGAUAGGUCUCUUUGCGGCCACUUCUGCUGUCCCUGUGCUGGCAGCCAUCCCAGUGACUUUGCUAGGGGCCAGGCCCCAGGCAGGCUGUGCACCAGAGGAGGUCAUCUCAAGAUGGACUUGUUCGAGGAAAACUGAAGUCGGCCCACUCGUCGUCAUGUGCUUGCCCUGACCCUGUACUGUCCUUGUCACUAACAGGGACACAGCUGAGCUCUGUCACCAGCAGGACUAUGGUUCCUACAGCUUGCUGGGUGAGCAGAUCUAGGUGACCUAAGGGUGGUAUCUAACCCUCCUUCCCUGCUCCUUCCCCAUCAGGCCAUCCCAUUGUAUCCUGUCAACUGUGCCUAUGACCUCAGUUUAGACAGGGAGGAGAGCAAGGGGAGGGGGCAACCACUGGUCCCCCAGAAGCUUUCCAGGUUUUCCCUGACCCUGUCCCCAUCCUGUCCUCUACCCAAGCUGUACCUGGACACCACCUCACUUCCAGACCUGGAGAAAUUAGAGGGGGAGAGGUGAACCCAGGUGUGGCCAGGGGCCUGAGUAGCGCUUCCCAUCCCACUACCCCUCAGAAUGGGGGACAAUGACAGGAAUUGGACUGUGCAGAGCAGGCCUGGGGCAGGGUGGUGAUCACUCUGGCUCUGCUUCUAGGCCCCAUUCCUUUAGUGUUCCCCCUGCAAUUGGCCAUGCGUGUGCAUGUGUAUAUAUGUAUUUGUGACUUUU